CGCCAUGUUGUUUGCAUUGGCAGCCUUGUAUGACGUCACAGGGAAAUUCGCAUCGCAAAUAGCGAAAAUCAAGACCUUUAAAGCUUUUUUUAGGGAUAUUCCGGGAGGUGUAAAAUUUUGAAAAAAACUUCCAAAAAUAAAACAAGCCACUGGGAACUGAUUUUUAUUGUUUUUAACUCUUUUGAAAUUGUGAUAAUGUUCCCCUUUAAACCAGACCUGGGCAAAUUAAGGCCCGUGGGCCACAUGCAGCCCGUUAAGCUUUUCAAUCUGGCCCGCCGGACAUUUCCAAAUAAUUUUUUUUAGAUUUUUAGGUGCUAGCGGGGUGUAAAAUACAGCCCACAUAUGCAGUCCUCUCCUCUCCAAGGUUUCUCAUAGUCAUCAUUUUCACUGUCACCGACAUCCCACUGGGGUGAGUUCUUCCUUGCCCUUAUGUGGGCUCUACCGAGGUUGUUGUUGUGGUUUGUGCAGCCCUUUGAGACACUAGUGAUUUAGGGCUAUAUGAAUAAACGACUAAUUGAUUGAUUAAACCUAUUAGAAAAUGUAAGCCUUAUUUUCAUAAAUCGACAUUUAUGUCGACAAACAUUUGCCUGGAGCAUAAUAAUAUUGACAAACAUUUCUAUGUCACAGUCGUUAAUAAAAAUACAACAAAAAAACUUGAAAUUUGUUGCGAAAGUGUGGAGCUCAAAUCAUUUCCGGUUGAUGUCAGGCUCAAAAUACGAUUGUAUUGAAAGCGCUAUUUUCAAACUAAUAGCUGACUAAAUAGUUUACGGAACAAAAUAUUUUAAUCAAUCCACGUUUUAACUACAUCACAAAUAAAAACGUUAGUUGGGACUUUAGGUAUUUUAAUCACUUUUUGCGGCAUCCACUUCCGCCGCCGCCGCCAACAAACAUGGCCGACAGAGAGAAGCGCCGGUCCGCUGUGUCUCCCCCUGCUGUCGUGGCCGAAGGCAAAGCCUCCAAGUCGGACACGGACAGCGACUUCCUAUCGCAGGCCGGCGUCGGGGAGCUCCUCCGCGGGGCCGUGUUGAAGAUGGUCGAAGCCAGGCCGGACGACCCCAUCGGCUUCCUGGCCGACCACUUCGGCAGCCUGGCCUCGGAGGUGGAGGCCGGCAGCGGCGACAAGGACCACCUGAACAACGGCCCGCCGGGAGGAGGAGGAGGAGGAGCCCCGGCCCAGCAGCGUCUCAACCGGGCACUGUGGCACCUGCGCCUGGCUCACCACUCCCAGAGGUCGGCGUUCAGCAACAACGUCCGUGUAGCUUACAACCUCCUGAACCUCGCCGGGCCCUGCCAAGGUCCACAUGAGGUCCAGGAGGACCCCCCGAGAGUGUCAGGCGGAGGGGGGGUCCGAGGGGGCGUGUACGUACAGACUCUGCAGUGCCUGUGCAGCGAGGGCGGCAUCCCGGCCUCCACCGCCGCCCCCCUCCUGUGUCGCCUCCACUGCCAAGACCACGAGGUCGUCCCUUACGACGUCUUCCGCCACGGCGUGCUGACGUGCGCCAUUUUCUCGGACUACAUCCGCCAAGCCCAGCGGCUUUACGCCGAAGUGUGCUGCCCGGACCAGGGGUCGCCGUCCCGGGCGCUAUGUCUGGCCGUGCUCGGCACCUUAAAGGACGCCUUGGAGACGUCGCGGGCGUGUGACGCCAACGCCAGAGGCGGCCUCUGCUUGGAGUCCGGGGCGAAGGCCGUUCGCUACCUGGAGGCCAACGCCAAGAUGUCGCCGCACCAGCUGGCACAGGCCAUGACGGCGGCGCGCACGCGGGGGCCGGGUGGCGGCAUGGAUGCGAAGGAAUUCGAGAACGCUGCAGCGGAACUCUUUAUCGCUCGUGUUAAAGUUGUUACUUGACAGUGUGCAACUACCUCCAGCAGACUGUUUAGAAACUUGAGGAAAAAGAAUAUAUGCAUGUUCCUUUCUUUGCUGAUGAAUUGCAAUAAUAUCUGAUCUUCAAUCCGUGCAAUAAUUCCUUAUUUUGUUGAAGAGGUUCAUUUAGCCGACUUAUGUAUUUAUAUGGGGCAGCACGGUGGUACAGGGGUUAGUGCAUGUGCCUCACGAUACGAAGGUCGUGAGUUCAAUCCUGGGCUCGGGCUCUUUCUGUGUGGAGUUUGCAUGUUCUCCCCGUGACUGCGUGGGUUCCCUCCGGGUACUCCGGCUUCCUCCCACCUCCAAAGACAUGCACCUGGAGAUAGGCCCCUCCCACCUCCAAAGACAUGCACCUGGGGACGGCCCCUCCCACCUCCAAAGACAUGCACCUGGAGAUAGGCCCCUCCCACCUCCAAAGACAUGCACCUGGGGGUAGGUUGAUUGGCAACACUAUAUGGUCCCUAGUGUGUGAAUGUUGUCUAUCUGUGUUGGCCCUGUGAUGAGCUGGCGACUUGUCCAGGGUGUACUCCGCCUUCCACCCGAAUGCAGCUGAGAUCGGCUCCAGCACCCCCUGCGACCAUACUUGCCAACCCUCCCAAUUUUUUCGGGGAGACUCCCAGGGCAACCAUUCUCCCGAAUUUCUCCAGAUUUCCAACAAUAUUGGGGGCGUGCCUUUAGCGUCCUCUACAGCCUGUCAUCAUGUCCGCUUUACCACCAUACAUACAGUUUGUCGGCCAAGUCACAUAAUAUAUGCGGCUUUUACAGACACACACAAGUGAAUGCAAGGCAUACUUGGUCAACAGCCAUACUGGUCACACUGAAGGUGGCCGAAUAAACAACUUUAACACUGUUAUAUGCGCCAUACUGUGAACCCACACCAAGCAAGAAUGACAAAGACAUUUCGGGAGAACAUCCGCACCGUAACACAACAUAAACAAUACCGAACAAAUACCCAGAACCCCUUGCAGCACUCACUCUUCUGGGACUCUACAAUAUACAAUACAUACCCCAGCUAACACCAAACCCCGCAUCCCAACAACACCCACCUCGCCCCCCCUCUCCUGAAUUCGAAGGUCUCAAGGUUGGCAAGUAUGGCUGUGGGAGAUUAUCUAAUUUCACCUAUUUGUGUUAGAAAUGUUUUUUGCAAACCAUUAAAUAUAGUCUGCAAAUGA